CUCGAUCGCGUGUCUGAAUUUUUUUUUUCGUUUUCUCGGAUGUGCUUCGCAAUAAGAGCAGGAUGACACAAUUCAAUUUGUGUUUUUACACCCGAUACAAAUCAUCGUCGACCGCGUCAAUUGUCGUCGAUUGUUGACUAUGUCAUGCCGAUAUAAUAUGCGCAAAUAAGUGUCAUUAAUCAAAAGAAGACAAAGCUAUGGCGCGUCCGAAGCACAAAGCGAGCGCGGAUGUAUGCGCAGACUGUGGGACACUCGAGCCAGGAUGGGCGUCGAUAAAUAGAGCUAUUUUGUUAUGUGACGAGUGUUGCGGAAUUCAUCGUAGUCUAGGCCGUCAUGUGUCACAUAUUAAGUCGCUGCACAAGAGUGUUUGGAAUACAAAUUUAUUGAAUAUGGUGCAUACUUUGAAUGACAAUGGAGCUAAUAGUAUUUGGGAACAUUCUCUGCUAGAUCCUAGCAGCUUAAAAAUUAGUAGAAGAAAACCCCAGGCUAAGGAUCCUUUACAUCCUGUAAAAGCAGAUUUCAUUAAGGCAAAGCAUCAACUCCUGGCAUUUAUAUUACGACCAAGCAAGGAAGAAUGUUGUACCGAAGAAGAACUCAGUAGACAGUUACAUAGUAGUGUUCGUACAAGCAAUUUAGAAACUUCAUUGAGGCUAUUGGCACAGGGCGCUAAUCCCAAUUAUUUUAUACAUAUAUAUAUAUAUAUAUUUCUACAUGUCUGUAGUAAAUGUAAAUACUUUAGCGUAGCACACCAAGCUUAUUAGAAAUUUUUCCUUCGAGGCCUUAAUUACAUAAUUAUUGCAAUGAUGGCAGGACAUAUAGAUUUGUCCGAACGCAUAAUUGAAUGUAUGUAUGAAGUAACCGAUAGACUAACGUAUCACAUAUGCUCCCGUAAACCAAAUCAUCGAGGUGAUGAACAUCUCAUCAUUUCUGACUUGACUUCUAGCUUAGACAAAAAUGAGCCAGCUUUGGAAGGAAAAAGCAGAUUACAAAUGUUGUCAAAUCACUUGUUGGAGGAAUUGGCCAUGGAUGUUUAUGACGAAGUGGAUCGCCGAGAAACAGAAGCUAUUUGGUUUUCAACUGCAUCUCUCCCAGAGAAGUGUGCUGUUCCAUUUCUGCCAGUUAAUCCACAAUUGUCGUCUACCAGGAAUCAAGGAAGACAGAAAUUAGCAAGAUUCACACCAAAAGAAUUCACUACACUUAUAGCAGAUUUACUGGUUGAGGCGGGUCGAAGACAUAUGCUUGCUAACAACGCAUUUCAAAAUCCCGCGAUAUCUAUGCUGCACAAAGAACAACUCGGUAAACAUGGAUCACAAAUGUCUGAC